CAUGCCGCGCGGGCGGCGGGGUGUUCCGGCCGAGCCCGGACGCGGCGUGCCGCUGUCCCACGUGGGAAGAGAUCGUGAAGCGGGGCGGCGGGAUGUUGGCUCCCGUCGUCGCCAGCAGCUUGCCCAUGCGGCUCCUCCGCAGGAAGAUCCACAAGCGUAACCUGAAGUUGCGGCAGCGCAACCUCAAGCUGCGGGAGGCCGAGGGGGCAGGCGAGGCGGCAUCGCAGGGCCCUCCGGAGGAGGAGGAGGUGGAGGAAGCGGCGGCGGCCCCUGAGGCGGACGCGGCGGCGGCAGACGGGGAGGGCGCGGAUGGAGCCGGCCCCCGCGACGGGCAGGAGAAGAGGAGGAAGAAGAAAAAGAGGAAAGCAGCAGCGGCUGCUGUGGAGGAAGGUACAAAAAUUAAAAAAGCAAAAACUGAAGAAGAUGAAUCUGCCAACGUAGAAGAAGAGCAGGAUUCUGGAGAGAAGAAAGAGGAGGAGGAGGACGAAGUGCCUAGUUUACCACUAGGUGUAACAGGUGCUUUUGAAGACAAUUCUUUUACUUCCCUGGCUAGCGUUGUCAGCGAAAAUACACUGAAAGGCAUAAAUGACAUGGGUUUUACACACAUGACUGAAAUUCAGCAUAAAAGUAUUAAGCCACUUCUGGAAGGCAGGGAUAUUUUAGCAGCUGCAAAAACAGGCAGUGGCAAAACACUUGCAUUUCUUAUUCCUGCAGUAGAGCUCAUCUAUAAGCUGAAAUUCAUGCCUAGAAAUGGAACGGGUGUUAUUAUUCUCUCUCCUACUCGAGAGCUUGCUAUGCAAACCUACGGAGUUCUUAAAGAACUGAUGAAUCAUCACGUUCACACAUAUGGUCUGAUAAUGGGGGGCAGUAACAGAUCAGCAGAAGCACAGAAACUUGGAAAUGGGAUCAACAUCAUUGUAGCAACACCAGGAAGACUGCUGGAUCAUAUGCAGAACACUCCAGGUUUCAUGUAUAAGAACUUGCAGUGUUUGGUAAUUGACGAGGCAGAUCGUAUCUUGGAAGUUGGAUUUGAAGAAGAAAUGAAACAGAUCAUAAAACUUCUACCAAAGCGCAGGCAGACGAUGCUUUUUUCUGCUACGCAAACCAGAAAGGUUGAAGACCUGGCAAAGAUCUCUCUGAAGAAAGAGCCACUCUAUGUUGGGGUUGAUGAUAAUAAGGAGACAGCAACAGUAGAUGGUCUUGAACAGGGAUAUGUAGUGUGUCCAUCUGAGAAAAGAUUCCUUCUGCUCUUCACAUUCCUUAAGAAGAACCGGAAGAAGAAACUAAUGGUAUUUUUUUCAUCAUGUAUGUCAGUAAAGUACCACUAUGAAUUACUCAACUAUAUUGAUUUGCCUGUUUUGGCCAUUCAUGGCAAGCAGAAACAAACCAAACGUACUACAACAUUUUUCCAGUUCUGUAAUGCAGAAUCUGGAAUACUGUUGUGCACUGAUGUAGCUGCCAGAGGAUUGGAUAUUCCUGAAGUUGACUGGAUUGUCCAGUAUGACCCACCAGAUGAUCCAAAAGAAUAUAUUCAUCGUGUUGGUAGAACUGCCAGAGGUAUAAAUGGCAGAGGGCAUGCUCUGCUCAUUUUACGACCAGAAGAACUGGGCUUUCUUCGUUACUUAAAACAAGCAAGGGUACCAUUAAGUGAAUUUGAAUUUUCAUGGUCAAAAAUUUCAGACAUCCAGUCUCAGCUGGAAAAACUGAUUGAGAAGAAUUACUUCCUUCACAAGUCAGCCCAGGAAGCAUACAAAGCUUACAUUAGAGCUUAUGACUCCCAUUCUUUGAAGCAGAUCUAUAAUGUCAAUAACUUGGAUCUUCCCAAAGUCAGCCUUUCAUUUGGUUUUAAAGUUCCUCCAUUUGUUGACCUCAAUGUGAACAGCAACCAUGGCAGAAGACUACAGAAAAGAGGUGGAGGUGGGGGAUUUGGUUACCAGAAAGCAAAAAGCGUCCACAAAGCUAAAAUUUUCAAACACAUUAACAAGAAAUCAGACCGUCGGCAGUUUUCUCGUUAAUCAUACAUUCAUUAAAAUGGCUUGUGGCAGUCAUACAGA